UAUUAUACUCUCCACUCUCUUCCCCUUCCAGCCAGCAGAGUCACAUUUGCUUGAAACAAUGUCUUCGCUUCGAUUCUCAUUCUCUCCUUCCUCGAUUCGCCCCCUGCCAUCGUUACCGUGCUCGGCGAAGCACUCGAUCGUGCCUUCAUCCGCACUUGCCGGUGUAUCAAGAGGGUGCUCCUCCUCCGACGGAGUCUAUGUCAGUAUUAAUGGCGGUGAGAAGAGGCGGAGGAGGAGUAGAGCGUUUAGGGUGAGGUCGAGCUUGGACACUGCGGGCCCUACAGCAACUGUGGGCCAGGUCACCGAGGUCAAUAAGGACACUUUCUGGCCCAUCGUCAAAUCUGCCGGUGAAAAAACCGUCGUAUUAGACAUGUACACUCAAUGGUGUGGCCCUUGCAAGGUUAUCGCUCCAAGAUUCAAAGAACUAUCCGAGAAGUACCUUGAUGUUGUCUUCUUAAAGCUUGAUUGCAACCAAGAUAACAGGCCAUUGGCGAAGGAGCUUGGUAUAAGGGUGGUUCCUACCUUCAAGAUUCUGAAGGACAGUGAGAUUGUAAAAGAAGUCAGGGGGGCCAAAAUUGAUGAUUUAGUUCAUGCUAUUGAGACUGUCAGAUCCAGUUGAUUAUACAUACAUUUUCCCACAUUGUAAAUCAUUCUUAAGCCAUCAUAUACAAUGUCUGCGUCAAAAUGAUCGAUUGAUGCUGUACUUUUUAUUGUACAAAUGGAUGUUAUUGCUCAAUCUAAUCUAAAUGGAGUAUCUGUAAUGAUGUUAUAAAAGCAAUGUGCUGUGCGGCUAGUUGAUUUUGC